CAUACUUUCAAGCAGUGCUGUAAAUCUGUGUCAGGUGAACCUCCUGAAGAGUGAUCAGUGUCUGCUCUCUGUUGUGUUACUGUUAAUUUGCAAAUUUGAGCAGAAGUUUAUGGUUUUGUUCACUGAGGGAGUUAUCACAGUUUUGUAUUUGUGGAAGGAUGCAAGCAGGAUUUUUUUAAAAUUUUUUUUUUGGCAGUCUAUGAUUCUGGUUAACAUUUUCAGUUUGUUGGUAUGCUCAUGCUCCAUAUGAACGAAUGGCUGAACAAACGAAUAAAAGAUAUUGACAAGCGAUGAUGGUUCAGUCUCCUGCACAGUGGUUGGACUCUAGCAUGAGCCCUGUCUGAACUAAACAUCUGCUGUGCAUGUAGGGAUACCUGGCAUGGCAGUGGGAUCAUGCUUAGCUUCCUGCCCCACCCUAACAGCGAUGGGGAGUUUACUUGUAAGUGCGGAGGCCCAGGUGAAGCACCUUCCUGAGUUUCUCCUGACUCUUUCCUCCGGCGAGAACAUUCCUUGUGCCCAUCUACCACUGGGAAUCUGGAGCGGAUCCAAGCGGCUGUCGGCACAUGGAGCCGGUGAGGAAUUUCUGUAGAAGAUAUGGAUGAUGUAAGGAAUUGAGGGGAGGUACUGUGCCGCCUGAAAAGUUUCCAUAAAUAAAACAAGCUCUAGAAAAGUCACAACUGUGAAUUUCUGUGACUAUUUUCAAGCAUAGUCACUCAUGAGCAAGAAGUCCAAGCACUGUAAGGAUCUGAAGCUGCAUCCAGGAGGGCCUCUGCUGUUCCCUUUGGAAAGGUUUAGAACGCCGAGGGACUCUGACCCCGUGCCGGAGAGAAGGGCUUGUUCAUCGAGGACUCGCCUCGCCGCCGCCGAGCCCUUCGUCCUCGGCUGUAAUACAAGUCCGCCGCGCCGAAAACGAGCAAGAAAAGGAGCGCGUUAAAGGGGGGGGAGGUGGAAAAACACCCAGUUGUCCACCGGUUCCCCUCUGCGUUUGGAAACUACCAGGCUGCUGCGCUGCCCUGUUCCUCUCUGACAAGUUUCUGGUUCUGCAGAAAGUCUCUUGAGGGGAGGGGGGGCCCUCUCUCUCUUGCUCGUUCGCUCGCUCUGUUGCCCUCUCAACCUGUCUUUCUGCACACACCCCACACGCCAUGACGACUGCAGUCCAGAAUGAGUUAGUCUUCGACUUUGCCAGCAAUGGGAUGGAUGAAAUCAACCAGCUGGACGACCCGUCGGUGUUCCCCGCGGUCAUCGUGGAGCAGGUCCCCACGGCCGACCUCAUGCAGGUCUACUCCGGGCUGGAGUCCGACGAGGUGUCCAACGGCAUCAUGGCGGACAACUCCUUGGACGUGGUCGAGGAGCAGAUAAUGCCGGGUGACGUUGUGCUCUCAGUGGAGACGGUGGACUCGGACCCGGGGGACAACAUAGAGUCGGCCGAGGCUGCGGAAGCUCUGCUCAACAUGGAGUCUCCCAAUAACAUCCUGGACGAGCAGCGCAUGAUCCACACCUACGGAAGCCUCAUGGAAAAUGAGCUCCCCUACAUCUCGUUGAGGCCGGAGCAGCUGUCCGGAAACUGCGUGGACAUGUCGCUGGACGAGGAAUCGUCCGCGGAUGAGACGCCCCGCAAGAACGCCGCCAAAGCGCCGAGAAAGAACAAAGUGCGGAAACCCAGGGCAGCGCGGUCCUGCUCCCCCAUCUCCACCCCAAGCCUACCGUUGAAGAAGAGGAACAAGGAGGGGAAAGGUAACACCAUCUACCUGUGGGAGUUCCUCCUGGCUCUCCUCCAGGACAAGAACACCUGUCCCAAGUACAUCAAGUGGACGCAGAGGGAGAAGGGCAUCUUCAAGCUCGUGGACUCCAAGGCUGUGUCCAAACUGUGGGGCAAGCACAAGAACAAGCCCGACAUGAACUACGAGACCAUGGGGAGAGCGCUCAGGUAUUACUACCAGCGAGGGAUCCUGGCCAAGGUGGAGGGCCAGCGACUGGUGUACCAGUUCAAGGAGAUGCCCUCGGACCUCGUGGUGAUCGACGACGAGGACGGUCAAGGACAGGACGUGUCCCCUCCCGCUAGAGGCGUGUCGCGUGGGGGGUCCCGGGCCGGACAGACCAAGGGCUCCGUGGUGAUGAAGGCCGUGAAGCGAGAGCCCGGCUCCGCGGUGGUGUACCAAGGGGCGGCCAGCAAGCCGCCCGGCCAGCUGCUCCAGACGGUGCACGUUCUGCAGCCGGGACAGGGAGCGGAGAGCGCAGCGCCCCCCGCAGCAGCACAUGCCGUGAGAGCUGCGAACGGGUCCGGCGCCGUUCCCGUAGUCCUGACGCCGGCGGUGCAGAGCGGGGGCGCCGCCGUCACCCUGCAGACCGUGCCGCUGAGUACGGUGCUGUCCAACGGGGACUCCGGCCACAGCUCGCCGCAGAGGGUCAUCCUGCACACGGUGCCGUCCUCCGCGGCGGGGGGCAAGGACGUGCUCGCCUUCCAGGCGUGCGGACCGGACGGCCUGCAGCCGCAGCAGCUCCUGGUCACUGGGCUCGACCCCUCCGGAGGGGGGGUCAUCAGCACCGCGGCCCAGUGCAACGGCCUCGCGCGUCUCGUCCUCAGCUCCGGCCAGUCCGUGGUGGCCCAGCAGCCGGGGACGGUCAUCGCCACGGUGCUGAAACCCAGCGAGCUCCAGCUGCAGCUCAAGGAGGAGGCGCUGGACCCCCAGUACCUGCAGUCCUUGGUGAACAGUGACCCCGGGGCCCAGAUCAGCUUCAGGGAGGCCGAGCGGGGCCACAGGACGGUCAUCAUCGGCGGCGGCGGCGGCCGGGAUGGCAUCGUCAACGGACAUUCGGAGGAGCAGGGCAGCCUGUCGUCCAGCAGCCCCGGCGAGGGCCUGACGCCCGUCGACGAGCUCGAGGAAAUGGAGGAGCUGGAGGGAGCCGAGAUGCUGGACGUCUCGCAGGUCCACCUCAUUCCCGUUCAUGUGAAGGCGGAGCCUGUGGAGACAUAGAGAAGCCAUACGUACUCUCGGGAGCAGAGGAGACGUUUAAAGAACCUAAUACCCAUUGUAAAAGGCUUUUUUUGUUCUGUAAUCAGGUCGGUUUCCUGAAUGGCAAGGAGCCCAAAAUUUGUCCUUAAGAACUGUGGGUCGGAGAGUGGCCCUGGGACUGCUGUUCAUAGUAAUGUGCCUAAAUUCAAACAGUAAGGGAUUAUUUUUUUUAUUGCAAAGCAUGAUGGGAAAACACCCAUAAAGCACUCCCUAGGCUGCGCCUGUCCUGAGAACAGCCACUGUGGACCCCAGGAGCAGGGGACAUGUAAGACGUACCAGCUGGACUUCGUACCGCUACCCGUUCGUGUCAACAGGUGAGGGGCGGAGCCCGAAGAGCAUCGGAGGGACACGGUGUACGUAGUGACUGAACGUCAAGUGCAGGAAAACCAAAAAAUCUCAGACAGAAGGGCAAUAAAAUUUGGGGGGAGAAGGAAAAGCUCCCAUGAUAUCUCCUCUGGCAGGUUAGAUCAGGAAAUGGCAUUAUGCAACCAGAACUCGAAAAAGGACUCGAGCCACAGUGUGACAUGCAGAGACGACUGCAGCGUGUUUUUUUUUUUUUUUUUUUUCUCCUUCUUCUCUUCGCUCCCCCGUUCUUCCCUUUCCUUGGGAAGGCUGCUGCGUUAAAAGUUCAGGGAAAAAAAAAAGCUCUACGGAAGCAUCCCUCCCUUACAACCCAAAUCUUCCCAGGAAACGACAGCAUCGCUCCUCCACACCUUCCCCUCAACUACUUGUAGCCUCAAAGCGUUUGGUUGCCAUGGAAACGGGCAUUCUCUGCACUCCGAGGCGGUCCAGCCACAGCCGUGUUUUGUACGUAGACGUUAAUGUCAGGAGACGAGGAUUUUGAUGAAAAGAGAUAUUUUUCUUCUUUUAUGACUAAAGCCUUAAAAUGUUUAUAUGGAAAGAAAUAAAAGUAUAAAUCCAAGCUAUGCUAUAGAGAGAAAAGUUUAGGCCACAGAUGUAUUUAUUUAUUUUUUUGUGAAAGCUAAAACCUUGUAAAAAUAAGUUUCAGGCACAUUUUUUUUUUUUUUUUGUUUUUUUUUU